GUUUUAAACCAUUACUGGAAACAAUUAAAAUUUUUAUCCAUUAUUAACUUUAAGAGAACUUAGUUCCUCCUUAAUUCACUCCUUGCACGUCUUUGUAUUUUAUUAGUCUUGUUAGCACAGAGUAAUGUAAAGAUUAUGUAAAUUAUUUAGGUUGCCUCCAUUUGUCACUUUUAGACAUUGUAUUCAUAUUUUACUUUCAAUCUAUAUCUUCCACCUGCAUACCUAUAACAGUCCUUUCAAGGGUCUGCCUCUACUACAGAGGUAGAUAUCUGUUUCUUUCUAGAGUGCUGCUCAAGGCCACAUCAUCAUAUCUUUGGCAAUACAGUAAAAAUUAUUAGACUACAAGCUAAACCGUUAUUAAGAAGUGCAGUUGUGACUAAAUAUUAAAAACAAUAAGGGAAUCACCUAGUGAAUUGAAUUCAGACUGCUAUACACAAUAGCAUGCAAAGACAUUUAAGUUUAACAAUAUCAAACUAAUAAAAAUACAUUAUUUUCUAUGUAAUAUAACUGAGUCGUUUCAAGCCUCUUCCCCUACUACUGAUACUAAGUACAAAAGUGGCUAUCUGUUUUUUUCUAGAGUGUAAGACUUUGCUGUUUAGUACUGUUCCAUAAUUAUGAAGUCAAAAGGAAAUUAUAAAUGUUUUUUAAACAGUUUUUACAAAGCAUGACAUUAAUGUGCAUUCAUACUAAUACUAAUACUAAUUUGUAGAAUCACCUUUUACAAAAGUACAACUACUGUGGGUAAUAUUUCUAGCAAUGUAAAACAAUCAAGACAUAAAUAAUGUUACUAUGCUAUAGUAACCCCUAUAUAUCUAGAAAUAGAGUGUUUGCUACAUAUGGAGACCACACACACUGUUCAGUCUUUUCUCACAAUACAAAAUUAAAACUUUUACCAUAGAUUAAACAUAUCACAAUUUCUUUCAUAGUGUCAAAAAGUCCUGCUUUUAGACUUGGAGUCAAAAGAAAUAAAGAACAAAUCCCUUUUACCUUUUCAGUUUCUGUCUUGACGAAAUUAUCAAGUAAAACUUUAUCCCCAGUCAACCUCGAGCACACUUCUCAAGACAAAACAGGAAAUUCAAAGCGCACACAUUGAACAUUCCUCUCACAAGCUUCCCGAGUGGAGUGUGGACGAAGACAAAUCCCUUCAUGACUAUAAAGUAAUUUAUUUCCAAAGUCCAAAGUCUAGGUCACAGUUGUUGGAAAUAGCAAGAACAGACAAAAAGAGUGCAAAUUCCUUCACUAAAGUGUGUGAUAAUCUGAGAUUUUAUUACAUGUAGUAGGAGAUAGUUUGGCCAACCUCAAGGUUGUUCAUCCUCCCCCUCCUUCCUAUAUGUGACUGAAAAACUUACAGAAAAUAGCAUUGUGAGCCAUUAGAAGAAAAAAGAAGCAUUGCAGAUAUCUUUGUGCAACCCAAUUACUGUCAUUUCUUCUGAAAGUUUAUGAACUUAUGUUUGCUGUCAGCCAUCAACACCAAACUAGACUGAACAAAAACUCUGUGGAUUGUUUUGUAUUUGGGCUAUCAUACAAGUGGAUAUUUGAUCUUUAUUUUUGACAUUUUGAGAAAUUUUGAGUAUUGAACUGUUCUUUUUUCUUUUUCUGGUUAAUAACAGAUGAGUACAAAUUAAGUCUGAAUUUAUGAUCAUGUUAAAAUAAUAAAAACAUUUGUUUUUAUUAUUUGAAAGGACUUGUGAUAUGUGCCUGUGGUUCAUAUUCAACUUAGCUUUUGCUAUUUGUUCCUUUCGGAUCUCCGUUGGGAGAAAUCUGUUUCAUAUCUCAUCAUUUCUGUAAAUUCUUGAUUCUUUUUAAUCAAGAAAAGCUUUUUUAAGCUUUUUUAAGCUUAAAAAAGCUUGUUAAUGUUCCCAGUUUUCUUAUAUUUCCAUUACAAGCUACCAAACAUGCACAAUACUACAUUCACGUUUUCUUAGCGUCAUUGAGUCAAAGAUAUAAGCCAUUGUUUGAAGAACAAUGUAAAAUUCGCCUUUAACGUUUUAAACUAACUGCAUCAUAUUGCUAUUUUCGGGAUAUGUGCUGAAGCUAUUUUUUUACGCAAGCGGAACACUUAUGAGGGGGAGUUUCUAGAUGAACACCACUUGUUUCCGGUUUUCGUUGUUUUGAAUUAUUUCGAAGCAGAAGCGAGAUACUGACAGGUACAGAGUUUAAUAUCCUUGAAAAAUAUUAUCCUUUAUGGUUUUGAAUGUAGUCUAAUAAUUCUUUAAAUCUUUUAUUUAAAAUAGAAUAAUAUAUUCCCGAACUUAAAGAGUCUCUGUGCUGCUGGUGUGUUUCAGGGUGAGCUCUGGGUUUAAAGCUCGAACUCGGAGUCACAUUGACUUAUUUCUGGACUUAUUCUCUGACAAUUAUGUCGACACUGUUUCCGUCCCUGCUCCCGCGGGUCACCGAGUCUCUGUGGUUCAACCUGGACAGACCUUGUGUGGACGAGACGGAGCUGCAGCAGCAGGAGCAGCAACAUCAAACUUGGCUACAGAGUAUCGCGGAGAAAGACAACAACUUGAUGCCUAUCGGGAAACCUGUUUUUGAGGCAGGUUAUGAGGAGGAGGAGGAAGAGGAUGAUGAGGAUGAGGAAGACAGUGAGGAAGACUCGGAAGAUGAAGAAGACAUGCAGGACAUGGAUGAGAUGAAUGACUACAACGAGUCGCCUGAUGACGGCGAGAUCAAUGAGGUGGACAUGGAAGGAGCUGACCAAGACCAGGACCAGUGGAUGAUUUAAAGCAGUUUUUUGUCGCAAUCGACGUCUGGAUUUACACUCGCUACCAAAAAUGUGACUGAUGCCUAACCACUCCGUGACUCAGAUAUGUUUUAAUAUUUGUGUACCUGGGAUGAAAAUUUAAUUGAAACACAUUAAGAUACUUCAGGGAAGAGUUCAGGUGAAUCUUAAGCCGUGAUCCAUCAGUCUUUAAAGCUGUAGACAUGGUUGGACAUUGCUGUGAAGUUUGCUGCCUGGAACACACUUAGAGAUGGGAGAUUUGUGUAUAAAUACUGCCAUUGGUCCGCAUUUCUUGUUUUUAACUGCAGGCUUACUUAACCAAUGCAUCCAGUUAAAGCUGCUCCAAACCUGUCAGGUGCCCUGACGUAGACCGAGGGACUGUUUUGCACACACUCAACCAAUCUGCAAUCUGCCAUUUAAACCUUGACCUGGUUAUAUCUUAAGUCAUGUGCUAUGGAGACGUUCCGACUUGCUGCUUCAGGGAAUAUUGCUUUAGUCAGCAAAAUAAUUUACCUGUAAAAACAGCCCAUCUUAAAAAAAAAAACAAAAGCUUUUAUUGCAGUGCUACUGAAUUGUGGUUAUAAACUUUCCCUCAAUAGAAGUUUUUUUUUUUUUUUUUUUUUUUAAAGCAUUGUAAAAUAGUAAUGUGUUCAGACAGUUAAAAUGCGUCUGCCUGUCAGCUCUCUUAUCUUCAUGGUUUGCAGCUGGGAACAAAUGCUCUGAUUAAAGUUACAGGUCUCAGUUACAGGUCAUCACAAAGAUUCAGUUUUUGAGAGAUUAUUUUUGUUCUAUUUGUAUUUUUGAUUUUGUUUAUUUGCUAUAAAUUAAACAGCUACGUAUUUUA